AUGCCUCUCCGCGGACCCGUGCCGGUGAAGUUGUUCAAGAAGGAGGACAGCGAGAAGAUCAGCGUUGGGCCGAUGACCAUCUACAUCUUUGAGGACGGCAGCAACACGGACAACCGGAUCGGGUGCAUGACGCUGGAGCUGCCGCCGGCGACGUCGGGGCCGCCGCUGCACUGGCACCGGUUCCACGACGAGUGCUUCUUCAUAACCAAAGGUGGGGGGCUGGAUCACGUCGCCCGAUAUUCAGUGAACGAACUCGGAAGAGGGCAUGUGCUUCUUGCUGACGUGGAUGACGAGUCAGGAACGGUCCGCUUCAAGACACCGGAGGGUGACGUCGACGCCGAAGAGGGCCAGGUGAUGGUCGUCCCGCCGCGGGCCAUCCACUCCUUCGCCAACGCGUCCGAGACUGAGCCCGCCGAGUUCUUCAUGACCUCGACCCCAGACUUCCGCACAAUUGGUAAGACUGUUGCCGAGGGCAAGAAGAUGUCUCCGGACGAGACGCAGCGCCUAAUGGCGCUAUUCGGGACGUUCCCGCCGGACGUCGAGUCGGAGCCGUAG